AUGGCGGCCAUCAUGCGUGGAUCACCCGACAUGGCAAAUGUCAGUUCGGAACACGCCAAUGGGACCCAAAGGGCAGGCAGACGCAAUCGCAGAGCGGCCCCUUCCAGCGACAGCUACGAGGACUCAUAUAGACCUCACAGCCCAAAUGGUGCCCAUUCCCCAGGCCAGGAGGACAAGAGCUUCGCAGCCCGAGCCCGAGACCAACCCGAGGGCAAUCUGAAUUACACUACUCGCAAACCAGUACCCGAAUUUACAUCAGAAUUGUCAGAAGAGUCUACCACGCCGCGAGGCCUCCCCGCGGGUGCUCGUCCUUCAAACUCUACCGCCAUGCCAGAUAUCCAAGUCUCGUCUCCGCCACCUGCAUCGAUUACAUCUGCUGCCCCAUCUCGGUCAAACACCAUGCGCUCAGACGCAGGUGAUGACUCUCGGCGGGACUGGGCGUCGGAUCGAUCACCUCUGCAAAAGUUGGAGGUUACCUUGACAGGAAUCAGCAAAGAAGAAAAGCGCUUGCGUGUGCGAGAAGCGGAAGCUAAAGCCCGUGAGCGAAUGGCCCGCAAAAAAGCUAAAGAGGAAAAGGCUGCAUUGGCGGCCGCAUCACUUCAAGCAUCGGCAGCGCCUGUGGAAGGUAGCCAGCCGUCACCCGGCGCAAGGAGAAGGAACGAGCAAAACGAUAUCCCGGUCAAUCGUGACAUUCGAAAUGGACACGCCAGCGCCCAGCAGCAAAGACAACCGGGAAACACUGCUGUACGCCACGGCAGGAAUGGCUCGGCAAACCCGCAAAAUCCUGUCGUCCGACAUCCCGAAAACUCCAAAUUCACACAAGCACAAGCUGCUAUACCAUCAUCCGCCAGGAUAGGAAAUGUGCCUCAAAGAUCAGUGACGGUCAGUGGGCCAGCAAAGCCGGGCCUUUCUCCUAAUAUCAACCAUAGCAAGUCCAUGUCUCAGGCGGCCCAUCGCCCUGGACAGGUGCCUUCGGCCCUCAGAGCAGAAAGAACGCCGGAAUUAUCUCCAGCGCCGCUUGCUCCCCAAGAUAGUGCUGAGUCACAGAGCAAACCCAAGAAUGUUUCGUUCAAUGUACCACCACCUACGCCACCACCUAUCUUUGAAUGGAGAGGUGCACAGCCUGCUCAGCUGAGGGCCUCUGAUUUCGAUUUCCAGAAUCUUGACAUCAACAGAAGCAAAGCGUGGUGGGAAGGUGGUGACAACAAGGAUCGUCGAAAGAGCAGAGCUCUCCCCAAGAAUUAUCAGACCCCCGCCCAAAAGUUGACAGGAGUGACUGAGCAUAAAAACUUUCAGCCUCGCCUUUUCUUGCGAUGUGGUCCUUUACUGCGAUACAGCGGAAUUAAGCAGAUCAACACCGGUACUCCCACCGAGCCUGUAGAGAAAAAUAUCUGGCGAGGCUCUAUUCUGAUUGCAACUGGGGAUGUUCGAUCUUCUUAUGAAACCCCACCCACGUUGAGACUAUUCUCACAGCCUAUGGACCUUCUCCCACCUCCGCCCGUGGAGGUCAGUCGUGAAGAUGGGAUGCAAUUGGCCCCUGAAUAUGUUGACCCAACAGCCGGUCUAAUGAAAGUCGGUCGAGAUGGUCGGCCCCUCUACGUGAAGCCCGUUGAACACAUUGAGGAGCAAGUCGAUCUGUCAUUCGAGCAAACGGAGGAUGGCAUCUAUGAGCUCUCACCCAGCAUUGUUGACUACACCAGCGAGGGCCUCAAACAACCUAUACCUUCUAACAGAAUGCAUUCUAUCGAUGGCGAAACAGCCGGCCUUCAUUGUGACAUUCCGGGAGUCCGACUGUAUGCUGACGCUGCAAGAGAUGCCACAUUCUGGAAAUUCAAUCUGGAGGUCGAGCUACGCUCAACAGAGCAGCGAAUCGCAUAUCGAAUCAACCAAGGACCGGCCCUCGGAUUCUGGGUCCCUCCUGCUGGGGAAUCAAUGAAUAUCAUGUUCCACACUGGCAACGGAUUCAGCCCCUCCGUUGACUCGGAUCGUGUCUGCGGGCCCGAUCCGCUAUGGCGCGAUAUUCUGAACGAGCAUCAGACUCGUCCAUUCCACGUUAUGGUAGGAGGUGGUGACCAGAUCUUCAAUGACUCUGUAAUCACCCAGUCCAAGCACUUCCAGGAAUGGAUCAAGAUCAAGAACGCCGCUGAGAGAUAUGGCGCGCCGUUCACGCCUGCUUUCCGAGCUGAGAUCGAGCAGUUUUACCUUGAGAAUUAUGCCGCAUGGUUCUCACAAGGUCUCUUCUCUUUGGCUAACUCGCAAAUCCCCAUGGUCAAUGUUUGGAAUGAUCAUGAGAUUUUUGAAGGCUUCGGGUCCUAUCAUGAGGACUUUAUGCACACUUCGGUCAUCUCCGGAAUUGGCAAAAUUGCUUUCAAGUAUUAUUUACUUUUCCAACAUCAUAGUGUUCCCGAUGAAACGGAGGUUGAAGAGCCCAGUUGGCUUCUUGGUGCUCAUCCAGGUCCCUACAUUGACCAGAAAAGCCGAAAUCUGUUCAUGUCGUUUGGAAAGGGAAUCUCCUUCCUGGGGCUGGACUGCCGUACUGAAAGACGGAGCAACGAGGUCCUUAGUGAGGAGACCUGCGAUAUGUUAUGGGAUCGCUGCCAUAGAGAGAUUAUGAAAGGAGAGACGAAGCACUUGAUUGUCCUCUCGAGUGUUCCUGUGGCCUACCCCAGAGUGGCGAUGCUCAGAAACUUCAUGAACAGCCGCAAGUCUCUCGGUAAGGCUGGUGUCCUCGGUGGUCUCGUUAAUAAGUCUGGUGGCAAUGUUGAGGUGUUUGAUGAUCACUGGGCUGGUAAACACCUCAAGUCUGAACGGACAUGGCUGGUUGAGGAUCUUCAGGACCUGGCUGCAGAGAAAUCAGUCCGUGUAACGAUUCUAAGUGGUGAUGUGCAUCUUGCUGCAAUCGGGCAGUUCUACUCAAAUCCAAAGAUGGGCGUCGCCAAGGAUCAUGAUUAUCGAUACAUGCCAAACGUCAUCUCCUCCGCUAUUGCGGACAUUCCGGAGACAGACUUGAUUUCAGACAUGCUUAACAAGGGAAACACUGUCCACCACAUGGACUCAAACACCGAUGAAGAUGUCAUCUCGAUCUUCACACAGGACGUGAAUGGCAAACCCCGAAAUAACAAACGACUGUUGCCUCGUCGAAAUUGGUGCUCUAUUCGCGAGUAUAAGCCUGGGUCUACUCCCCCCGGUACCCCCGAGUCUGAGAGUCCACCAACCCCAGAGCCCCGACCAGGCAAGUUGCAGCGCACUUUGUCCCUGGGCCGUGGCGACAAGGGACCCUCAGGCACAGGAAAGCCCGGAAUUCUCCGACGCCUUUCAACCCGUGGUGCCCCUCCCACAAGAACUAUGAGCUUCAGCCGAGGUGACGAGACCAGUUUCAACCGACGUGCCAGCGUCGAUGUCCCAUCACAGCCCCACGAAGGGGAGGACAGCUACUUUUCAGGGACGGCAGCACCGCAACGGCCUGGGACCUUCCACCGUCGGCCAACAAACCUCAGCCAAAAGGCCAGAAAGGCUGCCAAGGGCGAUGACGGUGCGGGCACCUACAUCAACCUUGAAGGCGGGCUCGCCGUUACUUUAAACCUUGAGAUCAGCCACUCUGACCCAGCAGGCAUCACAGCUCCUUACAAAAUGCUGAUCCCUGCACUAUACUAUGAUGGAACCGAAUAUGACCCACCACCAACACAGAUCGUCAAGGGCUGGAGAAAGUUCAUACCACGCCGAAAGAAGCACGAAAUGAGCACCGGUGCAGAGAAAGAUGCAGAAGACGAUCUCAGCGAUGAUGACCUAGAUGACGAGGACCACGACCUGAUCAACAAUACCCGCGCCAACGCCGCUAUGGCCCAGCAACCACAGUAUGAAGGAUAUCCCGGGAGCGAGGAGGAUGAUUAUUCGGAAAGCGAAGUUCCUCAGCGCCUGCCGCAACACAUGAUGGCUGAGCCAUACCCUGAGUCUGAGGAGAAUACUCGUCCCCGGAAGAAGUGGUUUGGUGUGAUCUAA